AUGUCCGUCGAUUUUUCCUCCUUGGCCCAACAAUUCACAGAAUUCUACUACAACCAGUUCGAUUCGGACAGAACCCAACUGGGCAACCUCUACAGAGAGCAGUCCAUGUUGACCUUUGAGACCACCCAGGUCCAAGGUGCCAAGGAUAUCGUCGAGAAGCUUGUUUCCUUGCCUUUCCAGAAGGUGGCCCACCGUAUCACCACUUUGGAUGCGCAACCAGCCUCUCCAAACGGUGAUGUUCUUGUGAUGAUCACCGGUGAUUUGCUCAUCGAUGAGGAGCAAAACCCACAACGUUUCUCGCAGGUGUUCCACUUGAUGCCUGAGGGCAGCUCGUACUAUGUGUACAACGAUAUUUUCCGUCUAAACUAUUCGGCAUAG